AUUUAUUGUUGUAAAAUGUAAAUCAUAAUAAUAAAUAAAUAAAUAAUAACAUUGUAACGUCGUUAUUACAUUAUUACUGUUAUUAUCGUUUGUACCCUUACGUUAACUUAGUUACUCUAGCGAAUAAACAAAUAACAAAAUAUGUCAAAUAUUAAUAAUCAUUAUUGUAAAUUGUGUUUAUUUUUUACCUAGUACGGACCAUUGGCAAAGUAUAUUUUUUCUUCUUUUUUUAAUUAAAAUUGUGAUUCUCACCGAAAACCACCACCAUGAGUAGUUCAAAAGAAAAAGAUCCAGUAGUGUUGAGUUACGAGAAUUUUCUCCUUCACGAAUCUGAUGUUCGUUUGCUUGUUGAUGAUCAAUGGUUAAACGAUUCUGUCAUCGGUUUCUACAUGGAGUACCUGAACACCGAAGUGUUCAAGAACAAUCCAAAAGUGUAUUUUAUUAGCCCAGAAAUAGUGCAAUGCAUUAAGGAGUGCAACUUAGAUGACAUCGCCGUGUUCCUCGACCCAUUGGUCAAAGGCAAAAACUAUUCGUACAUCUUCUUCCCGCUGAAUGAUCAAGAACAAUUGCAAACGGUCGGCGGUACUCAUUGGUCGCUGGUAGUAUAUGGGGCACAAGAUAAACGUAUCUUCCACAUGGAUUCAAUAUUUGAUUCCAAUGAGAAACAGGCGAGAAAAUUAGCACUAAAGCUGAAAUUUUAUUUUAAAGACAUUGUAGACAUCAUCACACCAUUGGCGACAAGACAGCAACAGAAUAGUUACGACUGUGGAAUACACCUUAUAUGCAACGCGGAAAACGUUGCGCAAUUUGUCUGUGCAAACUUAGACAUACGCGAAGUAGAUCCAGUGGAUGUAGAUGAUCUGCAAAAUAAACGUACUAGUUUAGUCAAUCUGAUUUACAAAUUAGCUAGAAGAAAAGAGAUUACAUAGGGCCGUGUUGAGAUAUGUUUUAAUAUAUAAUUAUUACUAAUGUAUAUUUAUUUAUUUAUUUUUUUGUUCCUAAAUUAUUGUUUUUAAAUAAUUUAACACAUUGUUUAUGAAAUUUAAUAAUUUAUAGCACUCUUAAUAGUUUUAUUGCUAUGUAAGACUCUAAUUGGAAAAUGAUCUUGAUUAGUUCAUUAGUAUGUAAUGAAUUAACCUCACCAUUUCAUUUUUUUUUUUUUUAAAUCAUAAUAUUAUAUUCUUUUAUAAAAUUGAUCUUAUAAUAAUGUAUUUUAUA